GGGACUCGGUAUUACCGACGUGGUACAUCUCAGGGGCCACACAGAAAAGAAUCGCGGGGGUUGGGCAUUGAGCAUGGAGAUAGCGCCACUUGGGAUUGCGAAUACUACACCAGAUGGAACUCACUGCGUCAACAAAGAUGAUCGCAUUAUCAGAACUGCAAUGCCAUCGAUCUGGGGAUAGUUGCUGGAUGGCAAUUCAUGGUAAUGUCUACAAUACCACCGAAUUUCUGGGUAGACAUCCAGGUGGACGGGCUGUCAUUCUCCAACAUGCUGGUACAGACGCCACGCGUGCCUACCAAGAUGUUCACCCGAUUGAGCUUCUUGACGAAUAUCUGACCCCCGAGCAAUUCUUGGGCAAACUCGAGCCCAUAUCUAGCGAUGAUAUGCAUGCUGAGCAAAUCUCUGACGUUAAGAUUCCUGAUAUGGCAUCGAUAUUGAGCAUUGCUGAGAUGGAGCAAAUAGCACUAAAACGUCUAAGUCCCAAGGCUAUCUCGUACUAUGCAUCCGGCACUGAUGAUGAGAUCACGAAAGUGGCCAACGGGAACAUUUUCAAGUCCAUCAUUCUCCGGCCCAAAGUCUUUGUUGACUGCACACACUGCUCCCUCUCGACUUCUCUCAUCGGUAACAGCGUUGGUUUACCCAUCUUUAUCAGCCCGGCGGCCAUGGCCAAACUCGCACACCCUCAAGGCGAGGUGGGCAUCGUUUCUGCUUGCUCCAGUUUCAACGUUCUUCAGAUCAUCAGCAAGAAUGCAUCCAUGUCCGUGGCAGACAUAGUACGCGCCGGUCCAGGUGUAGUUCUUGCCUGGCAGCUUUACGUCCUGAAAGAUAUCAAGGCUACAGAAAGGACGCUAGCUUAUAUCAGGACAAUUCCACACAUCAAGUUCAUCGUACUCACCCUCGACGCCCCAUUCCCCGGAAAACGAGAGGCCGAUGAGCGGUACAAGGCUAGGGAGGUCGCGGGGGGAUCGCCUCCACAGAUCUGGGGUACAGAAUCUGCUCUCACCUGGGAAAAGACUCUCCGAUGGCUAAGCGGGCAUACCGAUCUGCCUAUAGUGCUCAAGGGCAUUCAGACUCACGAGGAUGCCUUUGCGGCUACCAAGUUCCCCAUUGUCAAAGGCAUCAUUCUUUCGAAUCAUGGUGGAAGGGCCCUUGAUACAGCCCCCCCUCCCAUUCAAGUACUACUAGAGAUCAGGGAGUUCUGUCCGCAAGUUCUUACUCAGUUAGAUGUCUUGAUAGACGGAGGCGUGAAAAGAGGCACGGAUGUGGUUAAAGCCCUUGCUCUGGGUGCAAAAGGUGUCGGCCUUGGUCGCGCUGCGCUUUAUGGCCUAGCCGCCGGCGGGGAAAAGGGUGUCCACCGAUCUCUGCAGAUUCUUGCCGAAGAGGCGGCCACAGCUAUGAGGCUUCUUGGUGUUAGUCGCGUGAGUGACCUCGGACAUAGACAUGUCAACACCGCUGCGCUGGAUUCCCUACUCUCUAAUGGACCACCCGGGUUGGAUCAGGUUAACAUCAAUUUGAGAGAGAGAUUGUAGGCAGUAGAUAUAUCUGCCAUAACUGAAUAAGUACA